GUACAGUCAUGGGAUGCAGCGCUGGGUGCAGGGUGAGUGGUGGAGUUGCUGUGGCUGGGGAGUGCAGGCAGCGCGGAGACCUAUAGGCAGCAGAGGGGGAGACUUGUACAGCGUGCUGUGUGGAGAUGACACUCUGCAUUGGGUGAGUUACCUGGAGAGUGCAGAGGAAAUGCAUCAAUAAUAAACUGAGUGCAAUGCAAGCCAGGGACAGCUGUGUCACCACAAAGCAGGAAGCAGAGUUUUGUGUGGAUGGGUGUAUAGUGUGACAGAUGCAGAUAUAAGAUAAGACAGCAGAGUGUGGAGGGGGAGAGGAGCAAUCAGUGGAGAAGACCUCAGAAGUCCUCACAACUCUCCCAGGACAUGGACCGGUCUGCAGGACCCCAAUGGUGACAGAUAUGCCAGGGGUGGAAGACAGAAGAAGCAGCCAGGACAGAGCCACCCAAGACCCCAUGACCUCCUCACCAACCGGAGAACCACUGGCUAAACUUUCUGGGACCUUGGCAAAGCUGUCGGGGAAGGGGCCCCUGAGGAGCUUCAAGAACCGCUGGUUUGUGUUUGACCCUCGCCGCUGCUACCUCUACUACUUCAAGAACCCCAAUGAUGCCCAGUCGUUGGGGUACAUAAGUAUCGGGGAUGCCUCGUUCAGCUAUGACUUGGAGGCAGAAGAAGGCCAGUUUGAGAUCCACAGUUCUGGACGAGUCUCCAUCCUCCGGGCUUCUAAUAGGCAGGCCAUGGCCUAUUGGUUACAGGAAUUGCAGCAGAAACGCUGGGAGUAUUGCAACAGCCAUGGUACAGCAAAGCGAGACAGUAUGCUGAACACUGUGGCUAUAGAAGUCCCAGCUGGACUGGUGGCCAAGGAAAGUAUAGACCAUACCAGUGUGCCAAAUGCUAAUGAUGCUGCAGAGAGAGCCCGGAACCACUUUGCGGUUGAGAUGUGUCCAGGGGUACUUGGUGACCAGACUGCGGACCAUAGCUCUGGGCACACAGCUGCAGGCCUGCUCAGACAGUGGAGCAAUGAUAUCAGAAAAAAUGUGCAGAACUUUAGACCUGGCAGAAGUGGCCAAGAGACCAGAAAGAGUACCUUCUACACACAUGAGGAAUGGGAACUGCUGAAUCCUACUCCUAAAGAGCUGGAAGAAUCACUCCUACACGAGGAGAAGAAGAGACCUGUGGAAGGAGGCCCAAAAAACUCUGGAAUUGUUUUCCCAUUUGAUUUUCCACGCCUCCCUGCGAAAGCCAGACGCCCAUUAUCACAUCUGAAUAAGCAUCCAAGCAGCUUUGAAAAUUCUUCUGUGGAAUCUUUACCUGGGAAUGACUCAAAGAAUGACUUUGAUCUUCAGUUAAAAGUUCAAAACCAGCAGGGGGAGUUGGAGAGACUGAGGCAGGAACUGAACAGCCAAAAGGAACUUGUAAAACUUUUGCAACAGUCACUGAGGUCAUCGCAGUACAAUAAAUACCCUUCUAGUCCAGUUAGUGAAGGGGCGUCUAAAGAUUGCUUGCAAUUGUUACAACAAAAAGACGAUGAGAUUCAGGAACUGAAUCAUCUGCUGGAGAGGAAGGAGCAGGAGAAGGAGAACAUUCACCAACAAACUGAGGACCUUAAACACAGCAGGGAGAAUUUAAACGAACAGCUAAACAUGAUGGUGGAGACCAUACAAGCAAAGGAUGAAGUGAUCAUGAGGUUAUCCAGGCAGAUUAGUGACUAUGAGCAGUUCUCUCCUUUAUCCAGCAAAUCCUCCGAAAGUCUGACAUUUUCUAACAAGGACCAUGAAGACCUGAGCCGGUUACAAGACAGUCUGCAAGGAUACAAAGCACAAAACAAGUUUCUUAACAAAGAAAUCUUGGAGCUUUCAGCUCUGCGAAGAAACUCUGAAAGAAGGGAACAAGAACAGGAGUCAAAGUAUGCUACCCUUGAGGCCAAAAUGUGUCAGAUUGAGAGCAAGUACCUUGUCCUCCUCCAAGAAAUGAAGACACCAGUGUGUUCUGAUGUCGAGGGACCCAGUCGAGAAGUGGUUAACCAGCUUUUGGAGGACGCACUAAAGGUGGAGACAGCGGAGCACACUGAGCACACGUUCAUCAGACCGCAUGCUAUGAGCAAAUACGACAUCUUCGGAUUCCAGAUCCUCCCUGAGGAUGAAGAUGAUGAGGAGAGAUUGGUGGCCAAAGUAAGGGCCCUGGAUAUAAAGUCUUUGUCCCUGUCGGAUAACCAAGAGAUUUCAACAGUGGUGAAGUGGGAAAAUUAUUUUGCCAACAUGGUAAACCGAGAAAUGGUCCGUUCACCAGAGCUCAAAAACCUUGUCCGGAAUGGAAUCCCACACCAACAUCGUUCUAAAAUGUGGAAAUUGUUUGUAAACCAGCACAUCAAGAAAUUAAAGGAUGAGGUCGCUCCUGAUUACUUUGAGACCCUUCUCCGAAAUGCCCUUGAGAAGCAAAAUCCAGCCUCGAAACAGAUUGAACUGGACCUUAUGAGGACACUGCCAAACAACAAGCACUACACAUCGUCCACCUCUGAGGGUAUCCAGAAGCUACGCAAUGUCCUGCUAGCUUAUUCCUGGAGGAAUCCUGAUAUUGGCUACUGCCAGGGACUGAAUCGGUUGGCCGCCAUAGCACUCCUUUACCUUGACCAGGAAGAUGCAUUUUGGUGCCUGGUUACGAUUGUAGAGGUGUUCAUGCCACGAGAUUAUUACACCAAAACACUUCUGGGAUCCCAGGUGGAUCAGAGGGUUUUCAAGGAUCUCAUGAGUGAAAAGCUGCCCCGUCUCUGCGCUCAUUUUGAGCAGCACAAUGUGGAUUACACACUGAUCACAUUUAACUGGUUCCUGGUGGUGUUUGUGGAUAGUGUGGUCAGUGACAUCUUCUUCAGAAUUUGGGACUCUUUCCUGUAUGAAGGGUCAAAGGUGAUCUUUCGCUUUGCCCUGGGGCUGUUUAAAUACAAAGAGGAGGAAAUAUUAAAAAUCCAAGACUCUACUUCGAUAUUUAAGUAUCUUCGAUAUUUUAGCCGGACAAUUCUUGAUUCGAGAAAACUUGGCAACAUUGCAUUUGUGGACAUGAAUCCAUUUCCAUUACGCCAGAUCCGCAACCGCCGCACAUACCAUUUGGAGAAAGUGCGUCUGGAGCUGUCUGAACUCGAAGCCAUACGUGCAGAUUUCAUAAGAGAGCGAGAGACCAACCCAGAGAGAAGAGACCUCAUCAGUGAUGAUGAUGAAGACAGUUAAGCUGUGGCAGGUGCUACAGAAGACAUUUAUAAAGUAUCUGCUCAUAGAUAGUCCUGAAUAACCUUUGGAAAUAACGCUGGGCGUAUUUCAAAGUAAUGGAAUCUUUCCUUCAGGUGUCUGCUGUGGCCAAAAUCACCUGAACACAUUCUCUGAAGCCAACCUUUGAACCCAUUAAAGGGUAAAAGGGGUAAUAUGUGUCAGACCACUGUUACAAGAAAAUUCUCUUGUCCAAGAUGGACAAUGUUUAAUACGAAGCCUAUAUGUCCUCUGGUGGUUGGCCUUCCUGCAGUAAGAAAGGAAAAUAUGCAGACUUAUCUAUCAUGCUGUCAACUAAUCAUAUUUCUGUUUCUAAUGCUCAGAUCAGUAAAAGAAGAUUGCUGAUGAUUAUGGCACUUUGCAUAAGCAGUAUUUGUAGUAGGCAAAGCAAGACUCAUCAAAACGGCUUGCUUCUACCUGGAUAAAAUACGACUCAAAGCACUUGGAUAUGCUUGUCAGCCGUUCUGUUCUUCACUAUAAUUCCAGGCGUUCCGAUUUCUGAUACUUUUUUUGUAUCUAUAACUGAUAUAAGUAUUUUUUUCUAUAUUUUGUUAAUUUUUUUAUACUUUCAUUGACCUUCCGUGUAUCAUUGUAAUACUUUGAAUAUGUAAACAACAUUAACUGAAGCAGUAUUAGAAAAAUGUUGGUCUACUUGUACCCAGAACAAUCAGGGGGUAACAUGCUGGAUAAAUCUAGGACCAAAGUAAUUUAACCACUCUUCUUCAUCUUGUUAUUAAAUAGUUAUAAUUAAGUGUAACU